CACCCGCAGUUUCGUCUUUUCCGCAUCUGAUUUUGUAAACACUCGAGCGAUUCUGCUCUCCGCCGAAAUGGCCGUGUGAACUGCAGCCUGUAGACAGCGCCCAAACUCCUCAGUGCAUCAGCAUAGUGCACUGGCUCCGUACAUUUAUAGCAAAAUGGCGUCCUUUGAGGCAACUCUCACCUUCGCUGUAACUGACAGCACAAAACUACUUAGAUUCCCCCAAGAAGACUCGUUGAUUCCACUUGAAAUAGACAGCCAUGUCUUUGAUGAGCUCACGGUUUGGCCCGGACGAUAUGGAAGUGCUGCUUUGGGACCCAUCAUCACCGAUGGCUGACCCUCUGGAGUCCUUCCUAGACAAAGAUGAUGAGGUUCUUCCUCUUGAAGGUGCAGAAUCACCCCUCUCAUCUUUCCCUUCCUCUCCAUAUACUUCUCUCUCCCCACCCUGCACUCCUCUCUCCCCUCAGAGGGGACAGAAGGCUGGGCUCGACCCGCUGUCCCUGUCCUGGAUCUCCUCAGAUGAGCUGUGCCUCGACAAAGAUGGCACAGAUAUUGGCAGAGAACGUUCGUUCAACGAAAUGGAUUGGAUGACUGAGCGAAUUGACUUGAGUGAGUUCGAUCUGGACUCUCUCAUUGGCUCAUAUGACUCUGAGGAUCCACCCAGUUCCCCCGAAGAACUUAUUGCAUCUCUGGAGUCCCAGAUAGAUCUAGAGUCCCUGCCCCUACCUUCUGAAGAUACUCCUGCACCCUCUCCAAUCACCCCUGCUUGUUCACCUCCAGCCUCUGUUCCUGAAAUUAAUCCACUUACCAACCUCUUAUUAACCUUAGAUAGUCCAGUAACUACCCCUUUCAUUCUCUCUACACCCUGUGUAACAAUAGAUUCCUCCACUGUGGUACCCGAAGCCCAGGCUGAGCUUGAGAUCAAGUCAGAACCAGCCUCCCCAGUCCCGUCUCCUUCCGUUGAUCCACCCGAGUCUCCCACUGACAUGCUUGAGCUCGGCUGUGAGGUAGACAUCUCUGAAACCCAGAGUCCGCCUCCUAUCGAGCUCCGCGUGCCAAAAAUUGUCCUGUCCCUGUCUCCAACCCGCAUUGUUCUUGUACUUGCUCCCAAAGAGGAGAUUAAUGGGAUGGUUGCCCUUCCAGCCAAAGAUGAGGUGGUUGUGGAGAAUUCCAUAAAUCCAACUUCCCCCAAACCUCAAACACCCCCAUCCUCUCCCCGUUCUCGCCCUUCUAGGGUAAAGCCCUACUCUCCACCCGAUUCGAAGCCUACCCAGAAUCAGCGGUCAGAAUCGCCAGCCCUCACAGGAAGAGUGAAGUCAGCCGGCGGCCCGAAGGUGGUAGUGGAGAAGAAGCUGAAGAAAAUGGAGCAGAACAAGACGGCAGCUACGCGCUACAGACAGAAGAAGAGGGUGGAGCAUGAGGUCCUCCAGUCUGAGUGCACAGCUUUAGAGGAGAGGAAUCGAGAGCUAACGGAGAAAGUGGACUCCAUUACAAAGGAGAUCCAGUACCUGAAAGAGCUUAUGGAAGAAGUCAAGAAAGCUAGAGAGAGCAGAAGUGUGCGGGCAUAAAAAGCUAAGAAAGUUUAUGUGGACAGAGAGGCUUGAAGCUGAGAGAAAUGGACAGUUUCAGCAUAGCAUAAAGUAUAAAUGCCGGCAUAAGAUGAUGCUGGGGAUGUUAACCCUUAAAGUAGUUUUGAUACUUAGCCAGUUCCUAAGUAGUGACUCUUGUUUUUAACAUGUCAUAUAUCAACAAAGCUUGUACUUUUUAAAGUUAUUUAUUUCUAGUUUGCAUAAGUGCAGUAUUAAGAAAUUCAUUUUGUGUUGGUCUUGUCUGUAAUGACGUUUCCAAAUGAUAAUCGUAUACACUUAAGUCUUCCUGUUUAAAUCGUAAUAUGUAGAAAUGGUGUGGUGUGUAUUAAUGAAUUGCAUAUAGAACUAUUUUGUCAUGAUAGAGGCAUUUCAUUGUUUAUCACCGAGGGUAAAUUGUUCUUGUUUAAUAAACUUGGAAAUACA